AUGGACCGGUUGGAUCUAUUGGUUGGACCAGCUGGCCUGUUGGUCCCAUGGACCAGUUCGACCAGCUUUCCUGUUGGCUCUAAGGACCUGUUCGACCAACCGGCCUGUUGGCCCGAUGGACCGGUUGCACCUGCGGGGCUGUUGGUCAGAUGGACCGGUUGGACCAACCGGGCUGUUGGCCCGAUGGACUGCGCGGAACACGCCGACACCGCGGCGACAGCGGAGGAGGAAGAGGGAGAGGCGCGAAAGGAGGGGUCACGUGCCACGGACCCCAACCAUCUGGAAGGGCAGUACACCCGCGAUGCGCGGCAGCAAGAAGGACGGACUCGUGAGGGAGAGGCACUCGCGGUGCAGCCGCAAGGAAUGCGCGGACGGAGCGAGGCGGAGGACAGGCGCACAACAGGAGUCCAGCGACGGCGGUUGGAGCCGAGGGACGGAAGCUCGCGCUCGUCCAGAGAAGCGCCGCCGAGGGCCGAGCGGUACGGGGACGUGGAAGGAAGGCGGAGAGGAGUGGGGGAGAAUAUGGUCCGCUCGGCGGCUCGACCGCAGGCACAUGGAGGAAGCCGUGGCGGGGAGCAUCGCUCGCCAGAGACGCAGCGGCACUGGGAGGGGCGUCGGAAGGGAGGAUCACGCUCACCGCACAGGCGGCAGCAGUGGGGGGAAGGGCCCAGAGGAGAGUCGGGUUGCCCGACCGGCGCCGUUGGCGAGAGGGAAGGCGGGAGGAAGCAGGCCGCUUGGCGCAUGGCAUACGGCAGCAGGGCAAGGGAAGGGAUGAGUGGUCGCCACCCCCAGCGGGACGUCAGGCGCGUGAAGCCGGCCAGAGGGAAUGGGAGAAGAGUCAAAGGAGAUGCGCGCGGCGACGACCGCGCGGAGGGCGCACCGGACGGCGCGGCGCCAGUGGUGGAGGGAGCGCUGGACGCAGAAGCGGACGAGGAGGGCCAGGGGCUGCAGGACGAAAGCGCCGAGGAGGGAGAUGACGACGAGGACCGGGCCGCGGAAUUCGACGAGCACGCCGAUGACGCGGAACACGCCGAACACGCACAGGCGGACGAGAACGCUGGCGCGAGCCAGGCGGAGGGAUCUCACGGCCGCGAGGCCAGCAGUGGGGAAGAGCAGCGCGCCGAGGACGCGCUUCAGCAGGAGCGGAUGGCCCAAGAUGAGAGGGAGCGCGAGACGCGGAGACAAAGGCAGCGGGGCGCGGGAAGGGCGGAGCGGAUCCACGUGCCAGAAAGAGAGCAGCAGCGCGGAGACGGGCGUGGAGGGGAUUCCAGGGCGCAUGACCGAUGGGGAGAGCGGGGAGAUUGGAGUGGCAGCGGCGGGCAGCCGCUGGAGCGGCAGCAGGCGCGCGGGAAUCGGUGGGAGGAUGAGCCGCGCGCUCCAGAGACAUAUGGGCGCCCAGGGAGGAGAGACCGGGCGGAGCAGUGGCCGCAGGAGCAGCGCUGGAGGCCGCCAGUGGAGCGCGGCAGCGCGACGCGCGGGCAGGAGCGGACCAGGCAGGGAGGGAGGAGGGACAACAGCGGGUCCCGUUCGCCAGAGGGGCGCCGCCAGAGAAGGGGCAAGGAGGAAGAAGACGGGCACUCGCCUGAGCACCGCCAACAGCGCAGUGGACGUGGGGAGGCCUGGUCGCCGUCGCCAGAGAGACGUAGGCACCGCGAGACGAGUAGAGGAGAGGGGCGGAGGAUGUAUGGCCCGCCGACACAGCAAUGGGCUCGGGCGAAGGAGUGGGGAGGGCCAAAAGAAGGGCGUCGUGCAGCGGAGUGGAGUCGGCCAGAGAGCGGGAGCCUGGUGUACGGCGCGGAGCGGGCACGGGAGGCCAGAGAGGGCAUGUUGAAGGCAAGGGCGAGGGGGUGGGGAGCAGUCGGCCGGGUGGAUAUAGCGAAUCGUGGGGAGAGGGGCGGGGGGGUGCUGCUAGCACGCCUCGGGUGGAGGUGCCCGCUAGGUUCUCAGGAGACCAACGCGCGGGGCCGACCCUAA